UCUACAGAUUAGCAGGCAUGAUGUGGAAGGCGGUGUGUGUGCUAUUUGGCGCGCCUAUGGUCUUGGGCAUAACAGAACUGCUACAAAAUUCGGAUUUUGAGUUGAACGAGUUCCGGCCGGAGGAUGGGGCUUGGUAUGCUAAUGGAUGUACCGCUGACUGGGAGUCGGAGAGCUAUACUGGAAACCAUAGCGUUAAGGUCACAAAAAGAGGGAGCAAAUGGGGAGGCAUGGCGUACGACGUGACACUGUCUGGCAGCAAAAACUACUACUUCAAAGCUUUGAUCAAACUUCUCAACACACACCCUGGCAGUCUCUUCGCUAACGUCCAAGUCAUGAUGGCCGUGUACGGAUCUUCAGGGUCGCCGAAAUACACCAUGCUGAGUGAAGUGCGCUUCAUGGAACCACUGAUGUGGCAGGUGAUUGGCGGGGACUUCUCCACACCAGCAGAUGUAAAGAAGGUUCACCUGUAUGUCCAGAUACUGGACACAGACGUGAACUACCUACUGGACACAUCCACACUGCACGAGAUCCCUACCAUCCCCACCAACUGGAGAUCACAGGCAGACCUCGCCAUUGAGAAAUACAGGAAAGCUGACCUCAAUAUCAGAGCUUUGGGAUCAGCUGAUGCUCUAAAAGACCUGACAGUCGAGGUCAACCAAGAGAAACACGAAUUUGGUUUUGGGUCAGCUGUAAGUGCCGCCAUGAUAGUGGACAGUCAGCACAAAGCUUAUCAAAAUUUCUUCUAUGAUAAUUUUGAGUGGGGUGUCAUCGAGAACAAGCUGAAGUGGAAGCAAAUGGAGUGGUCUGAGGGGCAUGUUGACUAUGACACAGCCCUCAACGCCAUCGACGCCAUGCUAAAACACGGGAUCCAAAUCCGAGCUCAUAACGUGUUUUGGGGAGUGGACAGGAACAUACCAAAAUGGCAGCAAGGGAUGACUGGCCAGACGCUGUGGAAGCAGAUGGAGAGGCGGAUCCAGGGCGUCAUUCCCCGGACAAAGGGAAAGGUAGAGCACUGGGACGUCAACAAUGAGAACGUGCACGGUCACUUCUACGAAAUUGGAACAGGAGAUGCCAACGCCACCAUGUGGAUGUUCAGGGAGAUACACAAGCUUGAUCCCAAUGUCAAACUCUUCCUCAAUGACUUCAGUGUGGUGAAGGACAGGUAUUCAACACAGGCCUUCUAUGAUCAGGCGAUGAUGUUCAAGAAUACACCCAAUGUCCCUCUCUACGGACUCGGCAUACAGAGUCAUCUCUUCCCGCCAAUAGACAUGUCAGUUCUAAAGUAUCGCCUUGACCAGAUACUGGCAACAGGGCUGCCUAUUUGGAUAACAGAGCUGGAUAUCAGCGAGCCAGUGGAAGACCGCAAGGCAGAUCUUUACGAGGACGUUCUGCGACUGUACUUCAGCACUCCACAGAUACAUGGCAUCAUGUUCUGGGGAUUCUGGGAUGGCAGACACUCCAAACCUGUUGCUGCUCUUGCAUCGGGGCAGAGUGUAACUCCGAACGCUGCAGGACGGAGGUGGCAGAAACUGUUCAAACAAGACUGGAGGACUGUGGACCAAGUGCGCCCUCUGUCCACUGGACAAGCGACAAUCAGGGGGUUCAAGGGACGCUACUCUUUGACACUAAAGAGACAUGGCGUUACGCUACACAAUGAGGAAGUUAUACUAGGAACUGGAGGAACCAAUCUCACGAUUUCCAUGGCAGGACUAGGUGACACACUUCAUGUGUCGAACAUUCUCGUGGGCUGAUACCACCAGGAACGUGCACAGCAACACUAUUUCCUCCAGUUUAAUUCACGUGUACGUAUCACAUCAAAUAAACAUGCAAUGUAA